CAGAACUAAUAUUUUCUACAACCAGAGACUGAAAUGGUAUGACCAGAGCUUCAAAUAAUUUGGCUUUGAAGGCUCCAUAAUUUUCUGAGAACGUGGAACAGAAUUUGGACUCUGCUUCUGCACUAUCCUAGGUUAUAAUGCCAUCCUUGCCUAAUGAGGGAGAUAACCACGGAACUACUCCUCUGACUUUGAGUUCAGAACUACCCUAUCAAAGCACAAUUAAAAGAAAGGUCAGAAAGAAGAAGAAGAAUGGACGCAUAACUGCAAAUGUUGCUGGCACAAAAUAUGAAAUUGUACGUGUAGUGAUACAAGAAAUGGGAUUUGUGAAGACACGCGAUGAGGAUGAAACUGCUAAUCUUAUAUGGUGUGAUUCUGCUGUGCAGCAAGAAAGGAUUGCUGAACUUCAGAACUAUCAGAGAAUCAACCAUUUUCCAGGAAUGGGAGAGAUCUGCAGAAAGGAUUUCCUGGCAAGAAACAUGACUAAAAUGAUCAAGAGUCAGCCACAGGAGUAUAGUUUCAUUCCUCGAACAUGGAUCUUCCCUGCAGAGUACACACAGUUUCAGAACUAUGUAAAAGAACUGAAGAAGAAACGUAGACAGAAAACUUUCAUAGUCAAGCCAGCUAAUGGUGCCAUGGGACAUGGAAUCUCUUUAAUAAGAAAUGGAGAAAAGUUACAAGCUCAGGAUCACUUGAUUGUUCAGGAGUAUCUUGACAAACCAUUUCUUAUGGAAGGCUACAAGUUUGAUUUACGUGUGUAUAUUCUUGUAACCUCCUGUGAUCCAUUGAAAGUGUUUUUAUAUCAUGAUGGACUUGUGAGAAUGGGCACAGAAAAGUAUCAUCCCCCCAGUGACUCAAAUUUGAGUCAAUUGUACAUGCAUCUGACUAACUACUCUGUCAAUAAACAUAAUGAGCACUUUGAACGGGAUGAAACAGAAGACAAAGGAAGCAAACGUUCCAUAAAGUGGUUUACUGAGUUUCUAGAAACAAAUAAUCUUGAUGUCUCCAAAUUCUGGAGUGAUAUUUCAGAGUUGGUAGUGAAGACUCUCAUAGUUGCAGAGCCACACGUUCUUCAUGCUUAUCGCAUGUGCAGACCAGGGCAAGGACCAGGAAGUGACAGUGUCUGCUUUGAAGUCCUGGGAUUUGAUAUUCUGCUGGACAGAAAACUAAAGCCAUGGCUCCUAGAGAUAAAUCGUGCCCCAAGCUUUGGAACUGAUCAAAAAAUAGACUAUGAUGUAAAAAAAGGUGUGCUGCUAAAUGCGUUAAAGCUUCUCAACAUAAGAACCAGUGAUAAAAGGAGAAAUUUAGCUCGACAGAAGGCUGAGGCUCAAAAAAGACUGUACGGUCAAGGUUCAAUGAAAAAACUGUUGCCAGGUUCCUCAGAGUGGGAGAAGCAGCGCCACACACUGGAAAGGAGAAAAGAAGAACUGAAGGAAAGACUUGCACAAGUACGUAAACAGAUUUCCAAAGAGGACCAUGAAAAUAGACACAUGGGGAACUACAGGCGAAUUUACCCUCCUGAUGAUAAAACAUUACUUGAAAAGUAUGAGAGUUUGUUAGCCAUUGCUUUCCAGACGUUUCUUGCUGGGAGAGCAGCUUCACUUCAGCGGGAAAUGAAUAACCCUUUAAAAAGAAUGAAGGAGGAGGACAUUUUGGAUCUUCUGGAGCAGUGUGAAAUAGAUGAUGAAAAACUAAUGGGAAAAUGCACGAGGCAACGAGGACCAAAGCCCUUGUGUUCAAUGCCAGAAAGUGCACAACCCUUAAGAAAAGUUAAGAACUACAGUAGUGAUAGCUGUGACAGCAGUAGCAGUAUGACAGAAUCAGGAGAAGAAACUGAAAAGGAAGACCACAAUGAAAAAAAAGAGAAGAAAGUUUCAUAUGAUCUUGAAGAAAAUAAAUACAAAUCUUUGGAGCGAUCAGGUCCAAUAAGGCGUUCUGUCAGCUGCCCUCGUUCAAUAUCAAUAUUGACUGUGCAGUCACAAGCAGCUGAGCGACGGCCCUUUUCAGCCAAAGCACCUCUGCAGAUCCAGCGCACAGCCUCGGUCAAUAGGUCUCAUUCUUUAAAUCGCAGCCCAUCUUCAGCCAGAGUCUCUCAGACACCCAGCUCGGGAGCUAUGAACUCCUCAGGGAGUGAGACUUUGCUGCAGCAGAAAACAAAAGAGCAAGAAGCUGCUUUGACAAAAGAGACUCUUCUCAUUUUCAAUGACAUGAGAAUGAAGUUCCCAGGUAAAACAGAAGAAGAAUCAGAAUUAAUUAUAGAAGAUAUUAUGGAUAAUUGGAAGUAUCAUAAGACGAAAGUGGCAUCCUAUUGGUUGAUAAAACUGGAUUCUGGAAAGCAAAGCAAAGUUUUGGAUAUAGUCAAGACAAGUGUUCGUGCAGUUCUACAGCGUGUCUGGAAGGCUCCAGACAUUGAAAAUUUACAUCUCUAUCGUCUCUUUAACCGUGUAUUUAAUCGCUUGCUUUGGAGCCAUGGUCAAGGUCUGUGGAGCUGUUUCUGUAAUUCAGGGAGCUCUUGGGAAACCAUAUUCAAUAAAAGCACAGAGGUGGUGACUCCUGAGCAACUCCAGUGUUGCCAACGAAUAGUACAACUUUGUAAACACUGCCUGUUGGUGGUUUACAAAUAUUCAUCAGACUCAAGAGGUUCCCUGACUGGGAUAAUCCCCCACUGGGAUGAUACAAGGUAUUUAUUGCCAGGACCUUCACUGUUCAUCGUGAAGUCAUCCUCCUCCAACCUUAGCUGCAGUUCAUCUGGAACGUCUCGCCGUAACACUUCGUUCACACACAGAUACAGUCACUUGUGA